UGCGCGUCAACACCGCUCUUUCUGGUACCUCGAUACGUCUCGGUCCUUUUGUGACAUCUUGCGAACCAUCUUUCGCGAUUUGUGUGGAUUUUGAAUCCUGAAAAAUCACAUUAGGGCAUGGUUGGUAAAGUUUUUCACGCUAAAAACCGUGAAUUACAAUCUCUAAUCGUGGUUCAGUUUUUGUGUGCCCAGUGCCAGUAAGCUAUCAAGAUUCCGCCGAUAAUCCAAAGCCUACCCAGUGGGUGGCUUAUUUUGGUGAAAUACUAAAAUGGAGAAAAAACGCGACGCAUUCUUCCUUGCCACAAAGAAAGCCAUGAACAAGAAACCAGUAAAAGAUCAGAAAGAAGAUUUCAAGAAGAAGAGGCAUAACAACUUCAAUAAGAACCGCGUGGGGGUUGAGAACGGUCAAGGUGCUGUAGAGAAGACUGAAAAGAAACCGUUUGACAAAAAAACAUAUCGUCUAAAGAAAUACAGUAAGAAAUAUAAACUCGAGCAAUGGGAGGAACAACGUAAGAAGAGGUUGAUGAGAGAUUAUCAGAAAAGUGUCAAAAAUGACCCAUUGGCUGGUUCAUACAAACCGGUGUCCUUUGAUGAAGAUAAUACUGAUUCCCAAGAAGUUGGAAAAUUUGUCAAACAUCCCGAUUUUUUAGAAAAAGAAGACGCUUCAAUUAAAGGAGAAACUCAAGAACUAAAGAAGAAAGAUCCAUUUUUGAAAGCGAAAGAAAAGUACAAUAAAGUUAAGCAAGAAAAACUCGAGAAGCAGCAACAAAUAGAGAAGGCAAGAGAAGAAAAGAGGCAAAAAUUAGAGGAAUACAAAAAGAAGAAACAAGAGCGGUUCAAGAAAUUGAGUAAGAAAACAAAGAAAGGGCAGCCUGUGAUGACAGGCCGUUUAGAAUUGCUUUUGGAGCAAAUCCAGAAAAGUUCUAAAUAAAAUUCAACUUGAAUUUGUAAUAUGCAUUUAAUUUUGUUUCCAUUACUGAGGAAUAAUGAAUUUUAAACAUGUA